UAGAGGAGAGGGGUCUGGUUUUUAUAUGAGCGGAAAAGGCGUCAUUUUCAGCGCACAAAACAGUGGGACGAGUCUUACAGAAAGGACUGGGGCUGGUUUACAGAUAACGGGAAGAUGGGAAGGGAAGGCGAAGUAUAAAAGCGUCAAAUCGCUGUAACAGGCAGUGAGAGUAAUUUCUCCGCUUUCAUCAUCAUCGGGAUUAAUAUCUUCGUCCAUCAACCGUCAAAUGAACCGUUCGAGAAAUAUGCGUUGAGAAUGGAAUAUCGGCAACGCUCUUUUCUCCCUCCAUUGUUAUUAUCAGCCUGGUAACAAAUUCAUAUUCGAACGCGCGCGUUAAAGGGACAGACCGGCCGACGGACGACGCGAUUGACUGAUUUGCUGCUUCUCUGUUCUCUGGAGGAAUUGUACACUCACCCCCGAGACGCAUGCUUUGCCGCACAGCCUAAACUAUGUAGCGCCGCAAGAAGAUAACCAUGAACGGGGUAUAAACGAGACCGGUGCACUGCAAGCCAGAAUAGGAAUGUCAGUGCCUUUUUGUCUCCACAGCGACGGCGAGAACAACUCCUUAGCCGCAAUGAACAUCUAAUACACCAACCACAGGCGAUGGGAUGAAGAUGCGACGGCACAGGGUGUUCUUGCUUUGCACUGUGGGCCUGUGCGUCAUCUCCUUCCUGCACUACUACAAGGCCCUGCACUACGUGUCCCUACUGCGGGAGCUCUCCGCCCCCUACCCCAACAUCCAGUCCUUUAUUAUGGUCACUGGCUUCUUCUGGAAGGACAGGGCGACUCCCCUCUCUGGCACCGCCCCAGGGGAGGGCCCGCCCCCUGCCCUGCGGCCCUCCGACACCGGGUCCCGGGACCCCGAGAUCUUGGAGAGCCAGAGGACGUUGGAGCUUCGUCGGGGGGAGGAACUGGGAGGCCCCCAGUUAUGGGAGAGACCAGAAGACCUGGAGCAGAGAGAAGUAGAUGCCAUUGAGGAAAUGAGACUGAAGGAGCACGAUCAGAACCUUAUUGUGCAUCCCUGGUAUCCCAGUUAUCCAGCUCACAUCAGGCCUGAUCCGCCAUUUCAAAAGGAGGUGGUGGUGAAGAAGAGCCCUCCGACUGCCUCCGUCUCGGAUCUUGCAGUGUUACUUGGGGACCUCCAUGUACGUACCUUCCAGCUUCAGGAUGACUCCACUCCCUAUUUUGUGCGCACCAAAGCCGGGGCCCUGUGCUUCCGGCAGGGGACAGAAAUGGCUGCCCCCAGGGACGAUCCAGGAAGAGGUGGGGUGACAGCACCGAGCCAGCGCAGGAUUUUGGAGCUCCAAGAGGCAGCAAACCCGCCUGCUUCAAAACCCAAGAGAGGAAAGCGUUUGGUGAAGUGCGUGUGUCGCCCGGGUUGGCACGGACCAUACUGUGGGGUGCCGACUAUGGUACAUCACUCCAACCUGCCUACUAAGGAGAGGCUGACUCCCAGGGAGGUGCCCCGCAGGGUCAUCAAUGCCAUCAAUGUCAACCACGAGUUCGACCUCCUCCAUGUCCGCUUCCACGAGCUGGCUCAGGCGGUUGACCUCUUCCUGGUGUGCGAGUCCAACUUCACGGCGUAUGGCGAGGGCCGCCCACUGCGCUUCCUCAACCUCCUCCUCAACGGGACCUACGACUACGUUCGGCACAAGAUCCUCUACGUCUUCCUGGACCACUUUCCUGAGGGCGGCCGGCAGGACGGCUGGAUCGCCGACGACUACCUGCGCACCUUCCUGACCCGCAACGGGAUGUCCCGGGUGCGGGGGGCCCGGCCCGACGACGUCUUCAUCAUCAACGACGCAGACGAGAUCCCCGCCCAGGAGGGCGUCCUCUUCCUCAAGCUCUUCGACGGCUGGACCGAGCCCUUCGCCAUCCACAUGCGCAAGUCCCUCUACGGGUUCUUCUGGAAGCAGCUGGGCUCCCUGGAGGUGGUGUCGGGUUGCACCGUGGGCAUGCUGUCAGCCGUCUACGACAACGACGGCAUCCGGCUAAGGCGCAGGGAGUACUACACUAUGCCGGGCUUCCGGAGAUACGAGAACGACACGGGCCACAUCCUGGUGCAGUGGGCCGUUGGCAGCCCCUUCCACUUCGCCGGCUGGCACUGCUCCUGGUGCUUCACCCCGGAGGGCAUCUACUUCAAGCUCAUCUCGGCCCAGAACGGAGACUUCCCCCGCUGGGGGGACUACGAGGACAAGCGUGACCUCAACUACAUCCGGGAACUGAUCCGAACGGGAGGCUGGUUCGACGGGUCAGUGCAGGAGUACCCCCCCUCGGACCCCAAAGAGCACAUGUAUGCCCCCAAAUACAUGUUCGACAACUACAAGCAGUACCGCUACUUGCUGGAGAACCCGUACUCUAAGCAGGGGAGCCCGACGGAAGGGUAACUGCUAGUGGGCUGGAGGCAACAGGCUUUACUAGUAGGUGGCUUGGCAAAAGGAUGGGAUUCGGCAACAUGUUACUGGGGAGAACUGACCACCAACCGCUCAUUCUUCCCUCUCAUCCUCAGUUUAACCCCAUCGUGUCCACCCAUCGCCUCAUUCCCCUUUAUUGACAGGAGAGGGGUAGGCUGCAGAAGACUGGGCAGGGAGCAGACAGCGCACGCGUGGAACCCUGCGAAGAAUCAACUUUUUUUUGUUUUGUUUCUGUCCUCGCUGUUUCCUUUGUUUCCCCUGAAGCGACUCACACACCGUGGCCAGUCCUCUUGUUUGAUUUUUCUUUUUCCUUGUAGUGUGCUUUCUUCUCCAGACCCUCCCUCGUAUCAGUUGAAAGUGAGGUCUACACGCUUUCAUCUCUCAUAAACAAAACAAAACAAAACAAACAAAAAAAAAGUUUCAGCAUCUCUGGGUGAUGCUGACCCACAGUUCCCCCCCCAGUGACAGUUUGCUCAGAACAGGACUGCAUAUGUUUUCAUUUUCAUAACUAUGUGUAACUGAGCAAACUCCUAUGUGGCAGGUCACUUCGUGUAAAAAAAAAAGAGCCUUCUGUUCAGCUCUGUUUUCUUUCAGAAUUUGCUGAUAUGUAAACCCUAAUGGAGUCUGCAGAAGGGUGCUGCGUCAUCCCCGCUGAAACAAUAAUCAAUCGAUCAUGCAGCGGGGCCGCUGCGUGUCCAACAAGCUGGCGUCUGCUGCUGUAAGGUUUCAGACAGGUCAGGCCUGUAUGCUUGUGAUGAGCGUUUUUUAAGAAUGUUUUCAUAAAUCUCUGCGGGGAGGGUGGGGGGGGGGACUAAAAGCAGGAACCACCAGCCCAGCGCACACAAACGUCCUGCUGUAUCUGCAGCAGUGUUAAACAGCCUGUGUUUCCAUGACAACUUUGCUGGGGGGGGGGGAGAAAGGAAGUGGGAGGAACCGUUUCAGCGAGUGAGUUCAUGUUAGGUCAAACGGGCCUUUGGAGGGAAUGGAGGAAGCACAAGGGCCUCAGAGACGGCGUGGACCUCGGCAGAGGCUGAGAAUCAGCCAGAAACGCUGUAGGAAAGUGGGAGGAAACAAAGAGCAACAAAAUGUCAAAUGGAGAAAUCGCAAAAACAAGUCUUCAGGACUCUGCCUAAUUGCCAUUCAAGGUGGAAUCUUAGUUUGCACAACGACUCCUCCCCCCUUGUCUUUACUGGAGCCUCAGAUGUUUCCUUUUUAGUUGCCAAAAAUAUAGACAGGUCUUUCAAAAAAAAAAAAAAAAAAACGAGCAACCUCUUCCCAGUCGGCAGACAGUCGUGCUUGAUCACGUUCAUGCUUGAUCACUUCUGUGCAUGAAAGGAUGUAGCAGCCAGCCUGGCUUCUCCUGGGGCAAAGCUGUAAUGUUUAAUGGCUUGCCCAGCCCUUUGAUUGUACAGUGUCUCUGUCCCAUUGCAACAAUAUCAAGCACCACUUACAUGCCUAUAGAAGUCUGAGCAUGCCUGUUUAUUUUGGUAGAGGUGUCUGUCCUCUGGUGUACCUUGACACGAGCUGUAAAGAAGUUCUGUAACAGCGGGUUUGCACUAGUAAUCUUACAAUCUUCACUUUGUCAAUGAUUAGCAGCCCAGCAGAGAUAUUAGAUUUCCAAGUAACCUGACUCAAUGAACCACUCCCUCUCCCCUUGGAACAAAAAGAAAAUUCCCCAUGAAAGUCUGGAUGGAUUUUCAAAAACAACAGAAGUUACUGGAGAACAAAGAUUAAAUGUAGCGGCAUUUUUUUCACAUCUGUUAGCGUUUGUGCCAUGGCUCUGUUCCUGUGGUGUUAAAGCAGAGCUUUGAUACUCCUGCUGCCAUAACAAGCCAUAGGUCUCGACAGCUGCAGUCGAAAAUUCUGGUGGAUUCACAUCUCUCUUGUUUAUGGUAA